CAUACAAGCCGCUUUAGGAGUCGCGAGGUUCAGAGCCGUUGCUGCUGCCUGCGAUCAGCUCCUAGAGUUUGACCAACCGCACUCUAGCUCGGCUUCUCCGGCGCCGCCGAGAUGCUGUCCUGCCGUCUCCAGUGCGCGCUGGCCGCGCUCUCCAUCGUUCUGGCUCUGGGCGGUGUCACCGGCGCGCCCUCAGAUCCCCGACUCCGUCAGUUUCUGCAGAAAUCCCUGGCUGCUGCCGCUGGGAAGCAGGAGUUGGCCAAGUACUUCUUGGCAGAACUUCUCUCUGAACCCAACCAGACAGAGAACGAUGCCCUGGAGCCUGAAGAUUUGUCCCAGGCUGCUGAGCAGGAUGAAAUGAGGCUGGAGCUGCAGAGAUCCGCGAACUCAAACCCGGCCAUGGCACCCCGAGAACGCAAAGCUGGCUGCAAGAAUUUCUUCUGGAAGACUUUCACAUCCUGUUAACUUUAUUAAUUAUUGUUGUCCGUAUAAGACCUCUGAUUCCUCUCCUCCAAACCCCAUCUCUCCUCCCUAAUCCCCCCAAUCCUCAGUAAGACCCUUGCAUUAGGAAUUGAAGGCUGUAAAUACAAAAUAAAAUUAUGAUGAAAUUA